GUAUACUGACGCUGAGCUUCCUUCAGUCCUAACUACACUAUGAACUCCGUUACCGUCAUCUUUUUGGCCGGGCUCGUGGCCUGUGCCGCUGCUGGUGGACUCGUUCACGGAGGUGGACUCGCACACGGAGGUGGACUUGGUGGAGUAGGACUCGGCGGUGGAUUCGGAGGAGCUGGACUCGGCGGUGGAUUCGUUGAUGGUGGAUUCGGAGGUGGAAUCGGAGGUGGAAUCGGAGGUGGCGGUAUUGUUGGAGAAGUUGGCGGCAACGUCGUGUCUAACGUACCCAUCGUCGUGCCCUCACCCGUUGCCGUGCACGUGCCCGUGCCCUUCGAGGUGACCAAGCCCUUCGUCGUCCCCCACUUCGUCACGAUCCUCAGGAAAGUCAGUGUCCCCGUGGAGGUCAUCAAGAAAGUCCCCGUCGAAGUGGUCAAGAAAGUCCAAGUCCCAGUCAAGGUCCCAGUCUUUGAACACAAGUGGUGAUUUUCUCACAUUAUUAUUUAAAUAUUUAUUGAAAGUUUUCCCCUUUCUUCUUUCACUUGCCUCAAGUAGUAAUGGAUAUAAGAAACGAAACAUUGAGUAUUUCAUUUGUCCUUUGUUCCUCCUUUACUCUGUCAUGUAAAAGGAAUAUCCUUUACCAUGUCCAUCCUGUCGUCCAUCGUCCGAAAUAAAGAUUUUUUUGAUA